AAGGUCUAUAGACAUAAUGUGAUUUAUAACUAUGCCCUAUGGAAAAGAGCACCCCAUUUUUGUCUUUUUGUGUUACAGAUUUCUCUUGUACAAUUUCUCAUUGAAAAUUGCCUUAAAAUAUUUGGAGAAGACAUCACUUCCCUCUUGGGAGAGAACUCAAUGAGUCGUGGUAACAGCGAGCAGGCUGCAGACUCCAGCCUGAAGACUGUGAAAACCCGUUCUUUCAGAGACAGGGUGUUUUGUCGGGGUUCCAGCACUUCCCAGCACAACCAGUGCACAGCCCCACCUUCCGCAAAGCCAGGACAGCUCUUUGGAGUUUCCCUCAUGGAUGUGUGUGAUAAAGACAACUUGUCCUUCCCAAUUCUGGGUAUGCUUUCCUUUAUUAAUCAGAAAGGGCCACUCACAGAAGGCGUCUUCAGAAACUCAGCCAAUAUAAAAUCCCGCAGAGUCCUAACGGAGAAACUAAAUUCUGGGGUCAAAGUGAACCCGUACAGGGAAUCUAUUCAUGUGUUCGCAUCCGUCUUAAAGGAUUUUCUUAGAAAUAUCCAUGGAAGUAUAUUUUUAUCUGAUCUCUAUGACAAAUGGCUCGGUGUUAUUGAUCAAGGCAACGAAGAGGAGAAGAUAACUGCAGCCCAGAGGCUUUUACCCCAGCUGCCAAGAGGAAAUGUUGUUCUCUUGCGAUACCUUUUUGGAGUGUUAUACAACAUUGAGCAACCUCCCUCAUCCACUCAGAUGACAGCUUAUAAUUUAUCAGUGUUUAUAACCCCAAGCGUUCUUUACGCACCUGAUUCUGGCACCUUAGAAUUGGAAGACAACUUGAUAAAACAGAUUUCUCUUGUACAAUUUCUCCUUGAAAAUUGCCUCAGGAUAUUUGGAGAAGACAUCACUUCCCUCUUGGGAGAGAACUCAAUGAGUCGUGGUAACAGUGAGAAGGCUGCAGACUCCAGCAAGAAAACUGUGACAAGCCGUUCUUUCAGAGACAGGGCCUUUUGGUGGGGCUCCAGCACUUGCCAGCAGAACCAGUGCACAGCCCCACAUUCUGCAAAGCCAGGACAGCUCUUUGGAGUUUCCCUCAUGGUUGUGUGUUAUAAAGACAACCUGGCCUUCCCAAUUCUGGGUAUGCUUUCCUUUAUUAAUCAAAAAGAGCCAUUCACAGACGGCGUCUUCAGAAACUCAGCCAAUAUAAAAUCCUGCCAUGUCCUAAAGGAGAAACUAAAUUCUGGGGUCAAAGUGAACCCGUACAGCGAAUCUGUUCAUGUGGUUGCAUCCGUCUUAAAGGAUUUUCGUAGAAAUAUCCAAGGAAGUAUAUUUUUAUCUGACCUCUAUGACAAAUGGCUCGGUGUUAUUGAUCAAGGCAACAAAGAGGAGAAUAUAACUGCAGCCCAGAGGCUUUUAGCCCAGCUGCCAAGAGCAAAUGUUGUUCUCUUGCAAUACCUUUUUGGAGUGCUAUACAACAUCGAGCAACAUUCCUCAUCCAAUCAGAUGACAGCUUAUAAUUUAUCUGUUUGUAUAGCCCCAAGCGUUCUUUACCCACCUGAUUCCGACAGCUUGGAAUUGGAAGACAACUUGAUAAAAAAGAUUUGUCUUGUACAAUUUCUCAUUGAAAAUUGCCUCAGGAUAUUUGGAGAAGACAUCACUUCCCUCUUGGGUGAGAACUCAAUGAGUCAUGGUAACAGCGAGAAGGCCGCAGAUUACGGGAAGAAGACUGUGAAAAGCCGUUAUUUCAGAGCCAGGGCCUUUUGGUGGGGCACCAGAACUUUCCAGCACAAUCAGUGCACAUCCCCAACUUCCGCAAAGCCAGGACAGCUCUUUGGAGUUUCCCUCAUGGAUAUGUGUUAUAAAGACAAGCUGCCCUUUCCAAUUCUGGGUAUGCUUUCCUUUAUUAAUCAAAAAGGGCCCCUCACAGAAGGCAUAUUCAGAAACUCAGCCAAUAUAAAAUCCUGCCAUGUCCUAAAGGAGAAACUAAAUUCUGGGGUCAAAGUGAACCCGUACAGCGAAUCUGUUCAUGUGGUCGCAUCCGUCUUAAAGGAUUUUCUUAGAAAUAUCAAAGGAAGCAUAUUUUUAUCUGAUCUCUAUGACAAAUGGCUCGGUGUUAUUGAUCAAGGCAACAAAGAGGAGAAGAUAACUGCAGCCCAGAGGUAAUGAUGCACUAAUUACUCUACUCUGGUCACAUCUCCAAAAUACAGCCAACA